CACACUUCACCUUCCAGUGGAUCCCACAGUAACCUGAAUUUUUUUACUAUAAUUUGCUGCUCCCAUCUCCGGCUGCAAGCAACUUCUCAUUUCUUUUACACAAAAACAAGAAAAAGAAAAAUUUUUUCCCUUAAAAAAUUCUCUAGGGAAAUAAACAAAACAAUGGAUGAUUACACGAGAGAGAUGAUGGAUUUGAAAACCCUAGUUACACGAACCCUAGAGAAGAAAGGGGUUCUAGCUAAGAUCCGGGCUGAACUCAGGGCAAGUGUCUUUGAAGCAAUAGAAGAGGAGGAUCGAGUGAUCGAAAAUGAAGAAGGUUUACCUCCUGCAUUAUUGGGAAGCUGCAAUGAUCGUGCUAAACAACUUCAUGCUUCUUCUUCUGGAAGACUAUUAACUGCCCUGAUAUGUGAGUACUUAGACUGGGCGCAACUCAACCACACACUAAAAGUUUAUCUGCCCGAAUGUAAUUUGCAAAAAGAUUCUUGGAAAGCUGAGUUGAAAGACUUUAGUGGCAAAAAUGGUUAUGAUCUUAACAGAAAUGGGGACAGUGGACCUUUGCUUUUGGACGUUCUUGAAGGCUUUUUGAAGUUUGAGAACUUAUCCCAUGCAAGGGGAAUUGGAAGGAGACCACAAGAAAUUGAAUCCUCAUCUAGUUUAGAGUCUCGGAACACAAGAAGACCCUCAUCAUCAACUGUUGCUGGGGGCUUGCCCCCUUUAGGAAGGCCGGGUCCUGCUUCUCACUCAUCUGAUAGGAGAGCAGGGUCCUCCAUGUCUGGUUACAGGAAAGCCGAGUACAGUUGGAGAUAUGAUGAUGAUCUACCAGAAGAUGUGAUUCGAGCUUCAGCUGCCCUGGAAAAUCUUCAGUUGGACAGAAAGGCCAGGAAUCUAACUACUUCUUGGCGCAGGCAUGCUGGGGAUGGAAUAAGUGAGGAUGACAGCCGGGUCGAUCACAUGUAGCUGAAUGGCAUCUGUUGCAACUGCACUAGUAGCUUAGUGUGUAUUUUCAAGAUUUCACCAAUCCAAGGUUGUCUUAACCAUAAAAGGAGGGUAGUGAAGUUAUUGUGUCAGUUUUUAUAUAUAAUUGUGAUGUGAUUUAGUGUUCUCUUUUGAUCUUUCUUUCCUCUCUGUCACUUAUUUUCUUUUGGAUCCAUUUUGGUCUUUUAAUCAGUUACUUGUUUAUCGUAGACCUUUCAGUGUUUUGAGGUUUUCAGUGGAUGCUUAGAUCAAGUUAUUGGUUUUCAGGCUGAAAAUUCUAUGGCUGUUAAUAUUUGA